CAUGCAUCGAACAGUGUGCAUUCAGCUUCAUGGGAGAGCCAAUCACAAAAUCUGGAAUUUGAAUGCCGAACGAAUUUUUCCGAGUGGAAGGGAAUGGAAUCAUUAACGUCGAGCAGUUCGAGGUUACACUAUCAACAAACAGAAACGCUACGAAAGCCCCCAUUUCUCUGAAUGAGACAGCCUGAGGUUAGGAAUUGAUAGAUCCACUCAAAGACCUAUACCCAGGAUCACCAUGGAUUUUGUCCGCAAAAUGCGCUCCCGCAUGGAAACCAAAAGACUGCCCGAGGAUGUCGACGAUGGACUGGAGACCCUGGAGGAGUACACGCAGCGCUGGCGCUCCGUGCGCAUCAUCUACUUUACAAUGUUCCUGAUGGCGCUGGGCUUUAGCAUCAUCAUCACGGGGAUAUGGCCCUUCCUCAACAAGCUAGAUCCCGAUGCGGGCAAGGAGUUCAUGGGUCUGAUAGUCGCCGCCAAUCCAUUGGGACAGAUGAUCUUCAGUCCUAUAUUCGGCUGGUGGGGCAAUAAGCUAGGCACCAUUCGCCUCCCGCUGCUCCUUUCAUUAGCCUUGUUCACUUUAGCCAGUGGCAUGUACUCCUCAUUGGAGCUGCGCCCCCCCAAUGUCAAGUACUGGAUGCUGGCCUCAAGAUUUCUGAUUGGAGUCAGUUCGGCAAACAUAGCCCUGUGCCGAUCGUACUUGUCGGCCGCCACGCGAAUCAGCGAGCGCACCCAUGCUGUCUCUAUGGUGUCUUUAGCCCAGGUUUUGGGUUUCAUCAUCGGCCCGACACUCCAAGCGGCAGUCACACCGCUGGGUGCUGAGGGUCAUGUCUGGCUUUGGGGCAAGAUGCACUUUAACAUGUACACGGGCUCCGGCUGGAUCAAUGUGAUCAUGAGUAUGUGCAACUUCGUGAUGUUCCUACCCGGCGUAUUUGAGGAACACAAAAUAGCCGCUCGCGAGGUAAUGGUCAUGCAGGGUGGCACUUCAGAGCGAGAUACGUGGAAGGGCAUCAAGCCGAGUUACCUGUCCGCCUGGACCCUGAUUGUGGCCUUCUUUGUGCUCGUCUUCAACUUUGUGCUCCUCGAGACUUUGGGCACGUCGUUGACGAUGGAUAUGUUCGCCUGGUCGAACGAGCAGGCGCUCUGGAAUAUGGGCAUCAUGAUGACAACUGCAGCCAUAGUUUCGCUGGUGACAUUCGUGAUGAUCGAACCGAUGUGCAAGCUGUUCGCCGAACGUUACGUGCUCAUUUGGGGCGGCUUCUCGCUGAUGGUGCUGGGCCGGGUGCUCUUCCUACCAUGGGGACCCGAUCCACCUAAGGUGGCUCUGGCCUUUAAUGCAAGCCUCAAUCUAAGCUACGAAGAUCCCUUCUAUCUGGGCUGCCCAGCCACACAGGAAUGGUGUGCUGUGAUUCCAGCCGUGACCUUGACACAGUUCAUCAUUGGCUUUGCCCUCACCUCCGUGGGCUAUCCAAUUGGCGUGACCCUCAUCCAGACCAUCUUCUCGAAGGUGCUUGGGCCGCGGCCUCAGGGCGUCUGGAUGGGCUGGAUGACUGGCUCGGGUUGCCUGUCGCGCGUCUUGGGUCCUGUCUUUGUUGGCUCCAUUUACACCAGAUUAGGAACUUACUGGACCUUUGGGGUUACAUCGUUUAUGAUGCUCGUCGCAAUGAUUGCGCUGCAGUGUGGCAAUCGCCUUCUCAUCCCGCCCACAUUCGACAAGCCAGCGCCUGUGGAGCUGCAAGAAUUGAGUAAACUCAAUGGCACACAAAUAGAAGACAACUCACCGGAUGAAUCGCUCAUUUCCGAAAAGCACACUGAGCCCACCUAACCACAGUUCCAGCUGCCUUGCUUAGCGCGGAGUUGCCUUGAGCUGUAGAAUAAUGUUGCAAUACUGCCUUUAGAAUAUCGUCCUUAAAUAUCCUAGGUUUACAAACGUCCCCCAUUUGGUAUAUAGAAACCAAUAUAUUCAUAUAUUUUUGCAUA